UCAGAAGCACAGGCACAAUGUUCGCGCGUUUGACAUUUUGACGUUUCGUUUGGCGGGAAUUUGCAUUUACAUGUUUUAAGUCACGCGAGGCACAAAUAAACCAUAUUAUACAGCCAACUGUUAAAGUUAACUUUUUAUUAGGCAGACGAAAAGUUAAAGUGAUGUCAAAGGAAACGAGUUGAAGAUUGUCAUAGUUAUUGCCUAGGCAAUAACUUGGAUUUUAAUUUUACAGUAAUUUAAGGUCAGCACAAUAGAAGAGUACGGCGUGUACACGAUGCUGCCAGCGCAGCAGCUGGCCCCCAUCAGCCCGUGGCCCCCCGACACCAACCUGCUGGACCGCAUGGAUGACCUCGCACACAAAGGUAAAGGUCACAGCGGUGUUAACCAGCUCGGCGGGGUGUUUGUAGGAGGGCGGCCGCUGCCGGACUCCACGCGGCAGAAGAUCGUGGAGCUGGCGCACUCGGGGGCCAGGCCGUGCGACAUCAGCCGGAUACUCCAGGUCUCCAACGGCUGCGUCUCCAAAAUACUCGGCAGGUAUUACGAAACGGGGUCUAUUAGGCCUCGAGCUAUCGGCGGCUCCAAGCCUCGAGUGGCAACAGCAGAGGUGGUCAGCAAAAUAGCACAGUACAAACGCGAGUGCCCCUCUAUCUUCGCUUGGGAGAUCAGGGAUCGCCUGUUGAGCGAAGGAGUCUGCACCUCUGAUAAUAUUCCUAGCGUAUCAUCAAUAAACCGAGUGCUUCGGAACCUGGCAGCCCAGAAAGAGAAGUCGAGCAACCAACAACCUACCACCGACUGCUCGACGCCCGUGUAUGAACGGCUUCGGCUCCUGGGAACACCAGGGUCUGCGCCCACGUGGCCGAGAGCGCCCUGGCCAGCGCAGAUAGAUACAAGAACACCACCGUACCAACUACAUAGCCUCAGCCCUGGACCUCAGGCUAUUUCGUGCAACGGGGGUGAUAUGACAGCUAUGAAAAAAGGUGACGAACCUCUAGAGGGACUGGAAGGUUUACAUUCGGACGAGACUGGUUCCGGCGACAAUUCUAACGCGGGCUCUAGUGGCGCUGACGACGACGCCGCAAGGCUGAGGCUCAAACGGAAACUGCAGCGCAACCGGACCAGCUUCACCAACGAACAGAUCGACAGUUUGGAACGAGAAUUUGAAAGAACUCACUACCCUGACGUGUUCGCUCGAGAGAGGCUUGCAGCGAAAAUUGGACUACCAGAAGCUAGAAUACAGGUGUGGUUCUCGAAUCGGCGCGCGAAGUGGCGGCGCGAGGAGAAGAUCCGGUCGCAGCGGCGCAGCCCGGAGUGUGCGUACGCGCCGCCCGCGCCUCCCCACCCGCCGCCGCCCGCACACCCGCCUCACAACCCCCAUCAGCCCUACCAGCCGCCGCUUAACGUCGACGCAUACAGUCCGCUUACACCUAUGGGAUACGGCGGUGGUAUGGUGUCGGAGGCCCCAGUAUGCGAGAGCACGGAUUCUGAACUAUGUAAAGGAGGAUUUUUGGGAUACCCUCGCUACGAGCUGGGGUACAGACAACCCCCACAUCCCUAUGUUAAUCACCAUGGUUACCAGCAUGAAGCAUCAUCACCGCCUCCAGAACUUGGCGGUUUACUUGGCGCCGGUGUGUCGGUACCGCUGGCUGUGCCCGGCCAAGACUCGCAGCAGUACUGGUCGCGGCUGCAGUGACCCUGGUGGAACUAACUUGGUUUUUACACUCGCACCCAUUAUAAAAUAUAUCAACAUCAACAGAAUUGUCCAAAGUUUUUCUGGUAAAAUUAUAAAAUAAUUAUUACUGGAUUGUAAUUUUUAAUAUGUCAGUAUUGUUUUAAUCAAGCGUUGAAAUAAAUAUGAUGAUAUAAGAUCUACACCUACCUACUUGCGUUAAAAUAAACUCCACA